ACUGACAGCUUCUCUACUUAAUCAUGUCUUACUUUUCUGUUUUCUCUGAGAUUUUCCAUUUCAUUUUUCACCAUCCCUACAUCCCAUGUUCUUUGUCUCAAUCCCUUAAAAAAAGGGUUUAAAUUUCACCAGAAAUUCCCAAUUUUUUUCCUUUUCUUUUCACAUGGUGUUUUUGUUUCUGCCUUUUUGUGUAAACUGCCAAAUGGGUUUGUAAGUGUAAGUCGUUUUCUCAUCUGGGUUUGGUUUUUAGAGUGAUGCCUUCUGAAGGUAUCAACAAUGGCGAAUCUCGUUCCUGGAGUGCUUCUCAAACUGCUACAGCACAUGAACACAGAUGUGAAGGUUGCUGGAGAACACAGGUCGGCGCUGUUGCAAGUUGUGAGCAUAGUGCCGGCAUUGGCCGGCGGCGAUCUCUCUCCGAAUCAAGGUUUUUAUCUCAAAGUCUCUGAUUCUUCUCAUGCCACAUAUGUGUCACUCCCUGAUGAACAUGGUGAACUGAUUCUUAGUGAUAAUAUUCAAUUGGGUCAGUUUAUUCAUAUCGAACGCCUUGAGGCUGCUUCCCCUGUCCCCAUUCUUCAUGGUGUUCGACCUGUGCCUGGUCGACAUCCUUGUGUGGGUACCCCUGAAGAUAUUGUUGCUACUCAUUCUCCUGGGUUUCUUAACAAUAAUCCUGAUCUGAAACCUAUGGAUAAAUUGAAACCAACCCCAAAAGUUGGCAUUGGCGUUAGUGGGGAGAAGGAGAAAUCUGUGGCUGAGAGGCUCAAUGGCAAUGCCAAGGAGGAUAAAAUUGAGAAAAGAGCCUCACUCUUGUGUAGAUCCAAGUCUCAGUUGUCGUCGAAAUUGACAGUGAAUAUAGAUGUGAAGAAGAAGCCUUUGCGGUCGAUGCCUUCAUCUCCGACGAGCUGUUAUUCGUUACCUUCUUCAUUUGAGAAGUUUUCGAACAGCAUUAAGCAGCAGGGGAAGGUUAAGCCAUUGGCUAAUGUAACAACCAAGGUAGGAGCGGUCGAAAAGAACUCGAUUCGUUCAGCUAGUCCUGUUGCCAAGAAGAUGGGAAUGGGACAUCAGAUCCAACAUUUAGUUCAGGGCAUUGAGGUUGGAGCCAAGGGUCUGAGGAAGAGUUGGGAAGGGAACAACAUGGAGACGAAAAGAAGAGACAAUUCGAUAUUAAGAGCUAGCAAACUUGAUGCCAAGCCCGAAGCUCGGGUUACUACUCCUAGAAGAAGUACAUUGAGUGACAAGGUAGCAGCAAAGUCAUCUAAAGAUGAUUCUUCAAAGAAGAAUGCUGCCAAUGGAGCUCUAGAUAAUGAGGAUAGGUCGAAUAGGAAAAAAUGUUCGAAUGGAAAGAAAUCAUCUUCAAGCGAUGCAGUCGGGUUCCCCGGGAACUUGGUGAAGGUUCCUCUUAGUCAUAGAAGAUUGACUGAAGGGAGUGUUUCAUGGGGUUCACUUCCAUCAUCUCUUGCCAAGCUUGGAAAGGAAGUGAUGAGGCACAGAGAUGCUGCACAAACAGCAGCAAUAGAGGCUAUGCAAGAAGCAUCGGCGGCAGAGAGCUUACUACGAUGUUUAAGUAUAUUUUCAGAGUUAAAUUCUACUGCGAAGGAGGACAACCCACAGCCUGCGGUAGAACAGUUUCUGACCCUUCAUGCUAGCCUAACCAAUGCUCACAUGGUAGCUGAAUCACUUUCAAAAACUACUCCAUCUGGUUCGACCAAUGAGACCGAAGAAACCGCUUCGGAAGAACCAAUGAAGGUCACAUUAAUGGCAAGAAGACAGGCAUCUGCUUGGGUUCAGGCUGCUUUAGCCACCAAUCUUUCAUCGUUUGCAGUUUACAGCCGUGAUCCACCCUCGACUCUAAACCCGACCUUACAUCUAUCCCAAAACCAAAAGAAUACAUCUGCAAAUCAUCCUAUAGUGGUUUUAGAUAACUCAUCUAAGAAUAGCUCGUCGAAAUCCCAAGGGAAGAUCCGCCAGAUGAUAAGCGCUAAACCCGUUGGAUCAGGAAAUCCAAGUCGAACAAAGGAAGGAGCAACGACACUCGGUCAGAAGGUGCAGCCUCAACCUCCAGCAGAAUGGAUAAGAGGAAACGGGGUUGACGAAGCAGUCGAGUUGGGUGAGACGUUACGAGUGCAAUCCCAGGACUGGUUCUUGAGAUUCAUGGAAAGGUUCUUGGAUGCAGGUGUGGACACUGCAGCCUUGUCGGAUAAUGGACAAGUAGCAGGAAUAUUGACUCAGCUGAAGAGUGUAAACGACUGGUUAGAUGGAAUAGCUUGUUGUAGCAAGGAUGAAGAAGACACAGCUCACAUUCAAACCGAGACGAUCGACAGGCUGAGGAAGAAGAUCUACGAGUAUCUUCUGAUGCACGUCGAGUCUGCAGCCGCUGCACUGGGCGGGGGAUCCCAGCCAGUGCCACAGCAGAUCGAGGCAACCGAAACAAAAGCAAGAAGGUGAGUGUUGUUUGAAUCAUGUACAUAGCAGAAGCUAAGUGGCUAUUUGUCUUCUCAUCUUCUUAAUUUAUGUGAUUUGAUUACUGAGAGUAUACGGAUCUGGGUUUGUUCAGUUCAGGAUUAUACAUACAUUCAAUUGUACAUUCAGUUGUUAAGUGAGAGUGCAUAUUGUUGAUGUUCUUGAAUAAGCAUAUCAUUUGUU